AUGACAAAUGCUCUGGGUGUUUUUGUGGUUUUUGCAGUUUUUCUCGCUGAAAAUGGGAUAAAUGGGAAUAUCGGAAAAUGUGAUCUAUCCUCUCCACCCACUAGUUGGCUCUCCACGAAUGCUUCUGGAAUUCUGCAAUGGGCAACAGCGGGGCAACCAACAAAUGGGAUCAAUUACUGUAUUGAUAUGACCAACUCUGAAAGCGGUCUUCACAUCCUUCAAGUAGCCUAUCACAUCGAUUUGGGGGAGGAAUCUUCCAAUUCUGAGAGCUCUGAAAUUCCCGAAAAAGUAGAUCACAACUUUUUUGGAGGUGCCCUAGAAUUAGGGAGUCAAAAUGGAUGUGUGAAUAAUAAUACAAGAAUUGUGUACUGUUUUGCAUUGUGUUUGAAUCAAACGCUGCAAAAUAUGGUAAUCGAAUCCGCUCUAAAAUCCAAUCAAGUCGCGUUUGUUGCUCAAGACAUUCAAAAAACGACUCAACUCGAUUGGGCGAUUACUGUAAUGCAGGUGGACUACAACGAUCCGAGCACCCAUUUAAAUGUCAGCUCCUUCUUAAGACCUGAUGCCUGGUGUAGUGUCUAUGUUGGGAUUAAGCCCAAGCUGGGCUUCGAUUAUUUGUAUGAAAUUCAAUUGGGAAAAAUUUUGAAAAAUUAA